AUGCCAUCCAAUGGUGUGGUCAUUGUCGAGAAAAGCUCCAAAAGACAACCUUGCAAAUUCAAGAAAGGAAACGUCGGAGCCACCGCGAAAGGACUCGUCAAGCUUAAGAAGGGAUGCGAAAAGCAGCUGAAGGUGGCCGUGGCAACAGUGGGACCUAUCUCCGUAUUCAUCGAUCCACACUUUCGGCCAUUCAGGUUCUAUAAGCAUGGAAUCGUCGACGACCCGUCCUGUACAACGUACCGUUUAAACCAUGUCGUUCUCUCCGUCGGCUAUGGUGUUCAGAAUGGCAUAGAAUACUGGCUCCUGAAAAACAGCUAUGGAGAUCGCUGGGGAGAUGGCGGUUAUUUUAAGGUAAUUCGAAACAAGAACAUGUGUGGCGUAGCAGCAAGUCCAUCGUAUCCUCUGGUUUAG